UGCUGCUGGGAAGCCCACACCACACUGGUGACAGUGAACACCACACCAGGACGCAUCGCGUAGUUAGCUCGCGGGGCCCACGCGCUAGCGCCACACCGCUUCCUCCCCAAGCUCGCGUCUCCUCGGCUCUCGGAGUCGGAGCUAAGGAGCCGGAGGCGCCCCGCGGGCAAGCAAGCGAUGGCCUCGCCGGCGGCGGCGACGCGGCACCCUUCCCCCACCGUACUCGCCUCCACCCCUCGCCACCGGCUCCGCCUCCACCGCCGUGGAUAUCCACCUUCAAAACUGGGCUACCAAACAUCACGGUUAAAGGUCAAUGCACUUUUUGGGUGGCUUAGGGGAGACACGGCAAUGCGUGAAUUGAUCCCUCCUGCUGAAUCAUAUACGCUCUCAGGGUCAGCCUCAGAGGUAGGUGCGGAGCCACGUGAGGUGUCUAUUUCUGUGGCUUCCUCUAUCAUGGACAUCCCUGCUGCAGAUUGGGAUGCCUGUGCGUGUGAUCCAGCUGAUCCUGAAAAGUUCAACCCUUUCCUUACCCAUGCAUUCCUCUCAAGCUUAGAAGAAUCAGGUUCUGCAGUGAAGGAAACAGGUUGGUUACCUUUCCAUGUUGUUGCACGGGAUGAGACUGGACAUAUUAUAGGUGUUGUUCCACUUUACCUAAAAAGCCAUUCUAGAGGAGAGUUUGUGUUUGAUCAGUCAUGGGCAGAAGCUUACUACAGCUAUGGCCUUGAAUACUACCCGAAGCUCCAGUCUUGUGUGCCAUUUACUCCAGUAACUGGCCAAAGAAUAUUACUUCGAAGUACACCAUACCGGGAUCAAGUUUUUGAUGCACUAAUCAAAGGUUUGAAGAGCCUGACUACCAAGAUGAAUGUGUCAUCAUUACAUAUUACUUUUCCAUCUGAAGGUGAAUUCAGCAAAUUGAAGGAUAAUGGGCUGUUACAAAGAAUUGGGUUGCAAUAUCACUGGAGAAAUCGGAAUUACAAAAGUUUUGAUGAGUUUCUGAUGGAUUUGAAGCAGCCCAAACGGAAGAAUAUCAGACAAGAACGUAAAAAGAUUCCUGCUCAAAGUUUGCAAAUGAAGAGACUUCGUGGAGACGAAAUAAAGAGCAGCCACUGGGACACCUUCUACAAAUUCUACCGUAACACAACUGAUAAUCACUGGGGCAGACCAUACUUGACAAGGGAAUUUUUUCACCUCUUAGGAGAAAAGAUGGGGGGCAAUGUUAUGCUUGUUGUUGCUGAAAAUGACGAUAAAGUUGUUGCUGGUGCUCUUAACCUUAUUGGAGGUGAUACACUGUUUGGUCGGCUAUGGGGAUGCCUGCCAGAUGCUUAUUUUCCGAACUUGCAUUUUGAAGCUUGCUAUUAUCAGGCAAUUGAAGCAGCCAUAGAGUUAAACCUGAGUAAGGUGGAGGCAGGUGCUCAGGGAGAGCACAAGAUCCAGCGUGGUUACCUCCCAGUGACAACUUACAGCUGCCACUAUUUUUCAGAUCCUGGUUUUGGGGCUGCUAUUGGAAAUUUUCUUGCACGUGAGACGGCUCAGGUUAAACAUGUUAUUAAGGUCCUCCAUGAUUCGGGUCCAUACAAGGAAAACAUUCUGAAAGAAUUUGCACCUCAGCAAGACGAUGAAAUGUAGAAUACUGAAGGGGCUUGCUGCCUUGCAUACAGUACCAUAGAACUAGAAUAUUAAUGUAGUAAUAGGAAUACAGCCAUACGGGUGAUCCGUUUAAGCAGCUACGACCCACAUUUGUACACAGCUAGGAAUGUAAAUAUUUCACAUGAAAAAUCUGAAACCAUUGGCUCAAAAGGUGACAUCUGAACUCAACAUUCAGUUUGAUUAUGCCGCUCUGC